GAGACAAAGCUUACCAUCAAACCAUGGAAGACCUCUUCUUCUCCAUAACCACUCUCUCUUUCAUCCUUCUCCUUUCUUCUCUACUCAUCCUCAUCAAACUCCAUAAUAAUAACAAGAGAAAACCUAACCCUAACCCUAAUCCACCAAGUGUUCCUGGUCUCCCUCUCAUUGGACACCUUCAUCUUCUCAACCAUCCCAUCCACAGAGCACUAGCUCAUCUCUCAGACCUCCAUGGCCCCAUACUUCUCCUCCGCUUCGGUUCCCGCCCUGUUCUCCUCAUCUCCUCCUCCUCCGGCGCCGAUGAGUGCUUCACCGUCAACGACGUCACCUUCGCCAACCGUCCCCGUUUCCUCGCCGGCAAAUACCUCGGCUACAACUACCGCAUACUAGUCUGGGCCUCCUACGGCCCUCACUGGCGUAACCUCCGCCGGAUCACCACUCUCGAAGUUCUCUCCACUCACCGGGUCCUCUCCUCCUCACACCUCCGCUCCGAUGAGGUCUUCUCCCUCGUCAAAACCCUCCUCCAUGACUACUCCGGCCCUGGCUUCCACUUCACCGAGCUCAAAACCAAGUUCUUUGGCCUCACGUACAACAUCAUCAUGAGGAUGUUAGCUAACAAGAGGUACUACGGAGACACUGAAGAGAGCUCGUCGGAGGCCGGAAAGGAGUUCAGGGAGCUCGCCAGGGAGACGUUCGUCCUCUCCGGAGCGUCCAACGCCGCUGACUUUCUUCCGGUGGUGAGAUGGUUUGACAUUGGAGGCCAUGAGAGGAGGUUGAAGAGAUUGAGUAGGAGAAAGAAUAAGUUGUUUCAGGGCCUCAUUGACGAGCACAAGAUGAAAGAAUCCAGAUCCCAAGACGUGGAUAGCUCACCGGCGGGAAGAUCAACGGUCAUUGACCUCCUCCUCUCCAUGCAAGAAAGUGACCCGGAGCAGUAUGACGAUGACGUGAUCAAGGGCUUCAUUGAAUUAAUGCUGGUGGCGGGGACGGACACAUCAGCAGCAACAAUGGAAUGGACCAUGUCUCUUUUGCUAAACAAUCCUCAAACACUGGAAAAACUGAGAGCUGAGAUUGAUGCAAAUGUGAGUCAAGGUUCAUUGUUACAAGAAGCUGAUUUCCCAAAGCUUCCAUACUUGCAUGCUGUGAUAAAAGAGUCAAUGAGACUGUAUCCAGCUUCGCCAUUUCUGUUUCCGCAUGAAUCAUCUCAAGAUUGCACUGUGGGUGGGUUUAAUGUUCCCAGUGGAACAAUGAUACUAGUGAAUGUUUGGAAGAUACAUAGAGACCCAGAGUUGUGGGAGGAGCCAGAUAAGUUCAAGCCUGAGAGGUUUCUUAAAACAAAUUCUAGUGAUCAGAAGAGUACUGAUGAGCAAGGUAUCAAAGAAGGGUCGAAGAUGAUGCCGUUUGGGAUGGGACGGCGAAGGUGUCCCGGUGAAGGACUGGUGAUGAAGGUGGUGCCGUUGGUGGUGGGGACUUUGGUGCAAUGUUUUGAAUGGGAGAGAGUUGGAGAAGAAGAGGUUGAUAUGAGUGAAGGAAUUGGGGCGAGCAUCCCCAAGGCUAAACCUUUGGAAGCCAUGUUUAAGCCAAGGGAAUCAUUGACUGCUCUUCUCAAUCAGCUUUGAUUUUCUUAUGUUGUUUCCAUAUAUGUGCUACUAAAAUGAGAAUAAGUCAUGUGUGUUGUAUAAUGAGUUGUAAAAUUUCAGAUUGUAAAAUACUUAUAAAAAAUUGGGCAUAUUAUAUAUACUAUUG